CAAAUGUUAAAAUUCAUGUACCAUAUAAUUUUUUUUUUUUUUAUGGGUCAUUGUGUAUAUAUAUCAUAUCUAGUUAGCAACCAAAUAUUACACAAUUCUCUCAACAUUUAUAUAUUUGAACUUUGAAUCACAAAUUGAAAUUUGCAGGCUAAAAUGACACAAGAAGUGGCAAUGGAUUCAACAAAAUUAUCCAACGUUCACAUUGUAUGCAUCCCUUUCAUGGCACCUGGUCACAUUCUUCCUAUGGUUGAUAUGGCCAAAUUAUUGGCUAGACAUAAUGUGAAGGUAACAAUUAUCACAACACCCCUUAAUGCAAUUCCAUUCAAAACCAACAUUAAUAAAGAAAUUCAAUUAGGCUCACCAAUUCAACUUCUAGAAGUGAAAUUUCCAAAUGUUGAAGCUGGAAUACCUGAAGGAUGUGAGAGCUUAGAGACACUUCCUUCAAUGGAUCUCAAAGAAAAUUUCAUGAUAGGUAUAAAUUUAUUACAAAAACCAAUUGAAGAUCUUUUUGAAAAGCUAGACCCAUUUCCAACAUGCAUAAUAUGUGACAAAAAUAUUCCAUGUCUAGCUGACACAUCAAUAAAGUUAAAAAUUCCAAGAAUAAUUUUUGAUGGUACUAGUUGCUUCAACAUGUUGUGUAAUCACAAUAUUUUUGCUUCUAAGGAACUUGGAAAAUUUUCUGAUUUGGAUGAAUUUAUUGUCCCUGGAUUGCCACAUAGGAUUGAAAUGAGAAAAUCUCAAUUGCCUAUGAUUUUCAAGUCUAGUACAAGCCAAAAUUUAAAUGCUAUACGUGAGAGAAUAAGGAAAUCUGAAGAACAGGCAUAUGGUGUAGUUGUGAAUAGUUUUGAAGAAUUGGAAGAUGGUUAUAUUGAAGAGUAUAAAAAAGUUACAGGACAUAAGGUAUGGUGUGUUGGUCCUGUUUCAUUAUCUAAUAAAGAUUAUUUAGACAAAGCUCAAAGGGGUAGCAAUAAUUUAAUUGAUAAUGCUAACGAAUAUGUUAAGUGGCUUGAUUCAUGGCCACAAAAUUCAGUGAUUUAUAUUUGUCUUGGUAGUCUUAAUCGUGUGACACCUAAGCAAAUGAUAGAAAUUGGUUUGGGAUUAGAAGCUAGUAAUAGGCCAUUUAUUUGGGUGGUGAGAAAAGCAUAUAGGUGGGGUGAAUUAGAAAAAUGGAUUUUGGAAAGUGGGUUUGAGGAAAGGGUUAAAGGGAGAGGAAUUUUAAUUAGAGGUUGGGCCCCACAAGUUUUAAUAUUGUCACAUAAAUCAAUAGGUGCAUUUUUGACACAUUGUGGUUGGAAUUCAACAUUGGAAGGUAUUUGUAGUGGUGUUCCAUUGGUGACAUAUCCUAUGUUUGCUGACCAAUUUUACAAUGAGAAGUUGGUUGAAAAAGUGACUGAGACUGGAGUUAGAUUGGGAGCUGAAAUUGCUGUUCAUUUUGGUGAUGAAGAUGAGUUUGGUGAUGGCUUUCAAGUGAAUAGGGUGAAUGUUAAAAAAGCUAUUGAAAAAGUUAUGGGUGAUGGUGAAGAGAAAAAUGAGAUGAGAGAAAGGGCUAGAAAAUAUGCUGACAUGGCAAAGAAAGCAAUUGAAGAAGGUGGGUCCUCUUACAUCAAUAUGAGGAACCUAAUUGAAGACAUAAUGCAUUUCAAAUGAAAUGUGGAUAAGUAAAUCAAAGUUAAUUGUUGGUGCUUUAUAUAAUGCAUUUAGUGUUAGAAUUUAGGAGUGGUACUUUUUUGUUUUUCUUGAAAUUGUUAUGGUUGGUUCCUUGCUUGUGGUUUUAUUAAUAAAGUAUAAUAAAUGGUGAAUGAAUAGAUUAGGACAUACUUGUGUUGUGUCAUGUGUAUGUGUUUUGAAAUUUGAAGUUGUGUAAGGAUUUAUUUGUUGUACUCUAUAUUAAUGUGAUAAUAUUGUAGUUGUUUUUCUAUAUAUAUUUUAUAAAAGGAAAGAUUAUUGGA